GUGAGAAAGUGACAGCGAAAUAUCGUCUCUGGAAAAACUCCGCAGAAAAGUACAAAAAACGUGAAAAUUGAUGUCGUGACGCUGUAAAAUGGAAGUGAAAUACUUGAGCUGGAGCCUGGUGAUCCUGGGCCUAUCGCUGAAUCUGCUGGGCGUGUUCUGGUGGACGGCAAUCGUCUUUGGGACUGUUUCAUUUAUUUUGGGAUUUGUAGCUGUUCUAUACUUACAGCAUGAGCACAUGGACAAGUUCCUACAGAAUGACAUUCGAAAUCCUCUCGAGGAGACUAAAAUACCUCUUGGCUUGAACCUCGCGUGCGACAAAAAGCCCAUAAUGUUGAUUGCGCCCAACAUAAAAAUACAGACAGAGUCAAGGAAAGUUAAGAGUCACGUGGAUAGUCGUAAGAAGAGUCUCAUUGACACGGGAUUUGAAAUUUUAUUCAAAAAACACGGCAAACACGCAGACGGGGCGUCGGGAAAGAGCUCAGGACAGCCGGAGGAGCAGCAGAAGCUGUGGAAGCCCUUGGAGAACAUAAAGAUCUACACAGAGAGGCGAAAAUCAUACGAUUGCCCACCGUCUCAACAUGCAGAGCCUUCUGUGGCUGUUGGCGAGGACGUUUCACUGCUGAACAGCCCUGCGAAGGCAGCCAAAUCUCAGUCAUCGCCCCGGAAGGCUAAGAAGAACGUCCUCAGUGGGAAUAAACAGAUCGAUGUGCUGCUCCACACAAUCAUUGAUUACAUUAUCAGGGAUUUCAUUGAUUCCUGGUUCUGCUCUCUGUCUGAGGACAAGGAGUUCAGCGAGAUAAGAGUCCGAAACACCAUUGAGGAUUUCGUCACGAACAUUUGCACCAGGAUCAAAUCUACUCAGUGGCUUCCGCUGAUCACCACCAAGCUUGUUGACGAUGUGGCCACGCACACGAAGCUCUAUCGACUGGCCCAGCAAUCUGUGGCAUCCACGAAUGUCGAUGACCCAAAAUGCCGGCUCUCGGACAAGCUCUCGCCGCAGCGGAGCAGCAAACAGAGGCACCAUCGGAGGAACAAGAGCGAGACAGACCUCAAUUGGCAUCUUGGAAAUGCUGCUGUUCAGAAGAACGUUGCCAAUUCAAAAUUCUAUACGAAAACCAUUGAUGAGCAGACACUUCUGGACCCGGAACUGAAACUCCUGCACGCUUUCUUCGAUCACUGUGGCACUUUCCAGCGAGAAUGCCUUAGCGAUAGUGAUUUGGAGGAUUAUCUUACUCAUGUUUUGGAAACUGUCCUCUAUUUCACGCUUCCUGAGGAGGAUUUUGCAUGUCUCCCACUCAGGACAUUCCUGUGUGCGCUCCUGGCGAAUGUUGUGGUGAAGCCCGCCUUGGAAAUGCUCGCCGAUCCGGACUUUAUCAAUCUUCAAGUCGCAAGAUUGUUCACGAAAGAACCUCCGCCAGGAGAAUUUCUGCUGAAGCUGAUCCGUCAGUGCACAGAUUUGUCAGAACUGCGUGCAUGUCGUCAGUUGAUAACUAAGGAAAUGGAUUUGAAAUAUAAGGAUCCGAACUUUGCUGCUGAGCUGGCGAGUCUCAAGUAUGCGCAGAAGUUGAUAGACCUCCGGAUAAGUUAUAUUCAGAAUAACAAGCUCUCAGCAAAUCGAUCUGAGCGGGAGAAACUCUCAUCAACACUUCCAAUUCUCAGUUUGGAUGAUCUUUUGACGAAGGAAUUGGCUUUAUCUUACUACCUGGACUACCUGAGUAUCCUCAAUCUGCAGAAAUACGUAAUUUUCUAUCUCACAGCGCAAGAAUGGAGGAUCACAGUGACACAAAGUUUGGCGGAUCUUCAAGCAAACCAAGCAAAGACGCCAAAAGAGGAGAUGUUCAAGACAUUGAGAGACAAGGCGCAGAGUCUCUACAAAGAAUAUCUCAUUCCACCAUCGACAAAUUGCUUGAAUGUUGAUCCAGGGCUUGUGGAAGUGCUCAAUAUUAAGCUGAAGGAUAUUUCCUUGCCUCCAGAGACAUCCUGGUUUGAAUCGAUUUGCAAGUUUGUCUACGAGAAACUGAAGAAUGAAGACAUUUUCUUGGCCAACUUCUAUCACAGCUCAGCCUACAAGAAACUCCUACUGGAACUUGACGUGUUGGGGCACAAUCAGGAAGUCCUGGACGUUGAUAUGAGCCUCAGUGGCAUGGGAAGCAAUGUGGAGAGCGGCAGUGAUAAUAAUUCCGGUGACAUCGCCUUUGAUGACGAUGACAACAUGGAGGAUGAGAAGAUUGAAGUGACUACGAGUGGGAAGAAUGACCAAAAUCCUGAUAUUCGCAUCACCACAGCGGACAAGGAUAUCAUUGGAAUGGGAUAUGAUCUGUCAGUAUUGCCUUUUCUGUCUCAGGAAGGCGGCAGUUUCAAGCACUCUCGCUCUCACAGUGAUUGCACGGGAAUCGUGGCGACUUUGCCUGAUGUUUCAACGGAUCCUUUGAGGGAUGGUGUCAUUCGGAAGCGAGAGAUAGAAGCGGAAGUGGGAGAUCAUCUAGAUGUGAAGUCGGCAGAGAGGAAAUCUUCACUGCCUGAACACAAACUCACGGCGAAGAUUAUUCAAACUGCCCUUAUUAGUGAUGGAUUGUACGCAGUUUAUGCUGUCCAGGUGUCAGUUGUGGAAGAUAAUCACCACAAGAGUUGGCAUAUUUACCGUAGAUACUCAAAAUUCCUGGAGUUGAAGAAGAUACUUCAGAAGAGGUUUCCCGGAUUGGGUAAACUACCAUUUCCCGCCAAGAAAGCAUUCCAGAAUACUCAGAGAACCGUCCUGGAGCAUCGAAUGACGAUUCUCAAUCAAUUCCUGCGCGAGAUUUGCGCUAGAGCUCAUGGAAAUGACGAUAUGAAUGCCAUUAUCAGGGAUUUCCUGGAGCCAGACACGAAUGACAAGAGGAUGCAAGGCGGAGCGGUCAUCAGAACGAUUGAGAGCCUGGUGAAUCCAUUGAAGACGGGAAUGAGGACAAUUCGCAACAUGCCGGAUAAUUUAGUAGGUGGACUGGCGAAGAUUUUCCUGGGCAGAGGCUCACUGAAGGAGCAGACUCCCUUCCUUGGUGUCACCUCAUCCGUGCAGCUGGAGUCCUCGGAAUAUCCCGCCUUGGCGGCUGCUCUCAAUCUCCUGGAUGAAGUGUUUGAUCUGCAGACUCGUUCGCAGUGGCUUCGCCGGGGGAUCAUCAAUCGCCUCCUGGGCGCUCCGUGGGUGAGUAACACGGCCAACAAGAAGAUCAUUCACGGUGCCAAGGCGCUCAUCGAGGCGGACAAAGUGGAGCUGCUGCUCUCGAGUAUUCUCAACAGUAUCUGGCCAGAUGGCCGACAGGCGCGCAAAACCGUCCCGCGGGAGGACAACACGAAGCUGCGCACGCGGAUGGCGGCCAAGAUUGCGCUAUUUGCGCUACUCUCGGACGAUCUGAAGCACGUCGUGGGCUCGGAGACAACGCGAUCGGGCCUCCUGAAUUUCUUCUCCAUGUGGCAGCACAAGAAGCUCAACUUGAGGCUCGUUCUGGUCCUCCUCAAUGAUAUACUGACCCUCCUCUAUCAAACGGACAGUAUGACAAAACAUGUCGAUGGACAGUGAUUAUUUUAAUUUUGUGAUUUAUCAUUUGUUUUAGUUCAUUUCUCUUCUGUUCUGCCCUUUUUUAUGUUCGCCUUCGCGGGUAGAGUGAUAUAUUGGCGCUGGGCAGAAGGUGAGGAGAAAGAGAUUUAGCUUAAAAGGAAAUAAAUUAAUUAGACGGUAUUAGUGGAUCAUUUAAAUAGGUUUCCUCAUGCCUGUGAGAUUUUGUAAUCGAUAGAAAAGUGACUUUUAUUCUUUUCGCGCUCACAAACUGGCUGUCCGAGGGGUUGCUCAAUGUAAGUAUCUAAAUUCAUCUCAUGGCUUUUGAUUGAGAAG